AUGGAUCUCGUUAACCACCUCGAAGGCCGUCUCCUGUUCGCCGUCCCCAAGAAAGGACGUCUGCAACAAGCAACUCUAGACCUCCUGGCCGGUUCCGAUGUCCAAUUCCGCCGUGAAACCCGUCUCGACAUCGCGCUGGUCAAGAACCUGCCCAUUGCGCUGAUCUUCCUUCCCGCCGCCGAUAUCCCGACAUUCGUCGGCGAGGGCCGCGUUGACCUUGGUAUCACUGGCCGUGACCAAGUCGCUGAGCACGAUGCCACCCUUCCCGCCGGUGAGGUCUCUGGCGUGGAGGAGAUCCUCGAUCUCGGCUUCGGUGGCUGCAAGCUGCAGGUCCAAGUCCCCGAGAAGGGAGAAAUGACCGAGGCCAAGGAGCUUGUCGGCCGUAACGUCGUGACCAGUUUCACUGCGCUCACUGAGCAGUUCUUCCGCCAGCUUGAGGGCGUUGGUGCGGGCGAGAAGCUCAGCACUAAGAUCAAGUAUGUUGGCGGCAGUGUCGAGGCUGCUUGCGCUCUUGGUGUUGCGGAUGGUAUUGUCGAUCUUGUUGAAUCCGGUGAGACCAUGAAGGCCGCCGGUCUCAAGGCCAUUGACACCGUCGUCUCCAGUACCGCCGUGCUUGUCAAGGCCCGCGAGUCUAACAGCGACAUGCUCAACCUUCUUACUUCCCGUAUUCGCGGUGUCAUCACCGCCCAGAAGUUCGUUCUCUGCCAGUACAACAUUCCCCGUGCUCAGCUCGCCACUGCCUCCAAGAUCACCCCCGGCAAGCGCGCACCCACUAUCACCGCUCUGGAGGAGGAGAACUGGGUUGCUGUCAGCUCGAUGGUCGAGAAGAAGAAGAUUGCUACGGUAAUGGAUGAGCUAAUCAAGGUCGGCGCGACUGACAUCUUGGUCAUGAACAUUGCCAACUCGCGCACGGAUUAA